CACAGUCUGAACUUUAUAAGACCAACCCAAUUAUAACAUAGUUUCGAAGAUAUUUUUCAGGACCCAAACUACACGUUACACUUUAAAAUGUUCAUACUUAUAUGUACAAUGUUUUUUUCUAAACAGAUAUCUAGUUCUAUUAUCACACUUUUUGUUAAGUAUCCAGUUUGUUUUUCUUUGAAUUUGUUUCUUUAAAUUAGCACACUUCAAAUCAAAAUCCUUGCACCUUCAAACAUAAAAUAAAUUUUAACUUCAAAGUUAUUUUCUCUAUUGCUGGUGAUAUUGUACAAUGAAAAACUUUAUGAAAAAUAAUUACAAAUUUCUUUGUUGGUUGUAAAGAAAGCUUUAUUAAUGAAUUAGGGUCUACUACCAUUAUCGAGUAAACAAAUAUUCUUCGAAAUUCUGAAUUAUAGCCUUAACUAAUGUAGUAAUUUCUAUUAGUUCUAUUAGUUUUACUACCAUGUGUUUAUCAACUAAGCUUUGAUAAUUUUUUAGCCUUAGCUAAAAUGGGUUAACAGUCGUAAACAUAAGUUUAGUAUGCCGUAUUAAGAAAAGAUAAAUUUGAAGUGGAAGCUGUCCUGGGAUGGUAAAUCGAAGACUGCUAAAGGAAUUCGAAUCAGAACACUGUUAUACCAUCCAGUUCUGCAGCUUCCUGCAGAAAAUGUUCUUCACAUCAGCAGCAACACCACCUGCACAUCGAUACUUAGGAGGUCGUCCUCUUAUCCUGGAUCAAAGGAAUGGCUCCGACCUCACCUGUUUCGUUCCAGAAGAAGUCACCUGGGACAGCUUUGGCCCUGAUCCUCAGACCCUGACCUGCCCCGUAUGCAAGAACAGGGUGAUCACUAUAACCCACAGUAGCUGUUCUUGGAAGACUCACCUAGCAUCAACACUCAUGUGUUUUCUGUGUUGUCCAUUCUGCCUUGUCCCAUACUUUGUGAAUGUUUUUAAAACAGUUCAGCAUUUCUGCCCAGCUUGUGGGCUAAUGCUAGGAGAAUACAGAGCAUGAAAAAUCAUCUUAGCCUAAAGUCUGAAAAACAUAACUGAAGUUGGAACCUCAUUUACGAUUUACAAAAUCGCCCGACGAACAGUACAGUUUAUUCGUAAUGAAUGAAUAAAUUUAUAAUUUUAUUUAUUUAAAUUAAAGUUACUUCUAUGCCUUAUUAA